UAUCUUUUUUCCACUAUACUUGAAAACUAAUCUAUGUAUAUUUUUUAAGUUUAUUACAAUUAUUACAUCUAAGCUUUAUUAUUUCACACAUAUAGGCGAGAAGCAACAGGAAUGCAGCAAAUCGAGCUAAGUUGAAGAUGCCUCAUCAUAUUGGUAGCAAGCCUAUUCGAGAGAUUAUUUAUCAAAAGGGCGGGAAAUAUGGCAAUCCACCAGAUUUGGGGACUGUUUUCUUUGAAACUCGUAAGAAAGAUAACAAGCUUGUUGAACCUGAAGCAAUUGAAAAAUAUGCUCAGAUCGAAGAAAUGGUUCAAUCGGAGCCAUCUCUAUCUAGCAUAGAGAUUGUCAAAAACUGUUGUGGACCUCAAACUCGUAGCCAUGUAUUUGGCUUUGGGGGUGGAGUAAAGGCGAAAGACUUGAAAGGUGGAACCUCUUCAAAGGCUGAAUUAUUGUCUGCGCUACGUUCGACUCAAGAAGAAAACAAAUCCUUGAAUGAGAAAAACAAAUCUGGUUUAAUUUCAGGUAUACAGGAAAUGUCGGAUUCACAUUCUGUCAACUUUCAAGUGGAACCGAGCCAUCACGAGCAUGACGGCGGGGAUGCAUCGAACCACAACACGCUCCCCAUUAAUCCAGCUCAAAUCGGUUCAUCAGUGGGAAACAUUCCGGUCGGUGAGGAUAACGGGGCCAUGCUGCAGUAG